AUGCACGGAAAUGAAGCUGUUGGAAGAGAACUUCUUAUCUUCUUGGCUCAAUACUUGUGCAACGAAUAUCAGAAGGGAAAUGAGACUGUCAUUAAUUUGAUCCACAGCACACGUAUCCACAUCAUGCCGUCUCUGAAUCCAGAUGGCUUUGAGAAGGCAGCAUCCCAGCUUGCACCAGAAACAAAAGGUGUGAUUCACUGGAUAAUGGAUAUUCCCUUCGUACUGUCUGCCAAUCUUCAUGGUGGGGACCUUGUGGCAAAUUACCCAUAUGAUGAGACUCGGACUGGAAGUGCACAUGAAUACAGCUCCUGUCCUGACGACGCUGUUUUCCAAAGCUUAGCCCGGAGCUAUUCGUCUUUUAAUCCAGUCAUGUCAAACCCGAAUCGGCCGCCAUGUCGCAAGAAUGAUGAUGACAGCAGUUUCAUUGAUGGGACGACUAAUGGUGGCGCUUGGUAUAGCGUUCCAGGAGGUAUGCAAGACUUCAAUUAUCUCAGCAGCAAUUGUUUUGAAAUCACAGUGGAGCUUAGCUGUGAAAAAUUCCCUCCAGAAGAAACUCUGAAAACCUAUUGGGAGGACAACAAGAAUUCACUUAUCAGUUACAUUGAGCAGAUACAUCGAGGAAUAAAAGGAUUUGUUAGAAAUCUUCAGGGUAAUCCGAUUGCUAAUGCCACAGUUUCUGUAGAGGGAAUAAACCAUGAUAUUACAUCAGCAAAGGAUGGUGAUUACUGGAGGCUAUUGGUACCUGGAAAUUAUAAAGUGACAGCUUCAGCACCUGGCUAUCUAGCAAUCACUAAAAAAGUGGCUGUUCCCUUUAGUCCUGCGAUUAGGGUUGAUUUUGACUUGGAAUCAUUGUCUGAAAGAAAAGAAGAGGAAAAGGAAGAGCUAAUGGAAUGGUGGAAGAUGAUGUCAGAAACUUUAAAUUUUUAAGCAGAAGUUCUGAAUUCACAUCUUUUAAUCUACUAUGUGUUCAUUUAGUGUAUUGUACUGUGAAAAGACCCUACAUUUUAGAUUUUGUGUAGCUCAUAAUAUGUAACUUCGGGGUGGGCUGAGUAAUUUUUUAAAUACCAAUAACAUAUUCUCCAUAAAAGUAUAUUGCUGGAACCUUUUAUGUCAUUUUCGCUGUCCUACAUAUUCAACUUGAAGGGGAAAUGCCCACAAAAAUAUGUCCUUUCUCUAAAGUAACUGUGAAUAUGAGUGUUUUACUAUCCUAAAUAUGCAGGUUAAGUACAUUAUAAAGCUAUAAUAAAUAACAGUCACUUGCAACAACAGCCCCAAAUAUUUGUCUAUACAGGUAAACCUAUUUAGAUUUUUUUUUUAAUUUUAAAAAAAAAUCAUAAUGGCACUGAAAAUAUAUGUGAUAAGAACUUAGUCUUGUACAUAACAAUUAAAGCUUUGUUUUUCUGUGAAAGAGCCAUAUAAAAUAAGGAUCCAGGUACUUGGAUAUUACAUAUACUACUCAUAUGGAAAUGGCUUACAUCGUUCUUAAGAAAAAAAUAAUACAUUUUUUUCCUCUUGUUGUGUUUAUUAAUGUUCCUAAGUGAUGUGGUAAUAAGAUUAAAAAUUCUGGAUGGAUAAACAGUUAACAUAUAGUAAUGUAUAUUACUUGGGUUUUUUUGUGCUUGCAAUAUAUUAUUUGUAUUAUUCUGUUUUUCAGUAACUGUAUGCAUUAAGUAUACAUGAUUUUCAGAAGAAAGCUUCCAUUUUCUUUGUAUGAAAGAACAGAAAAUUCCCCCCAUAACUGAUCCAUCAGCUGCUUCCUUUAAUAUGGAUUGGAAAUUCAAGAUAUAGUCUUAAACGUAAACAAAAUGUAAACAUGUUUUCUAUGAGAAGCAAUUUCUCUAGGUUCAGUGGAAUUUAUUGCCUGGUCACCCAUCUUGAAUUCAACCACUGCUAAAAAUAAUCAUUUGGAUUGUCAGGGUACUUCCUCUGAAAGAGAGAAAUUUCCAGUUGAACCACGAUUGUUUAAAUUGGCCCUAGCACUUAGAGGAGCAACCUGCUUUUCAGUGUAAACCAGCACCCAGAGGAUAGCAGGAUCAGCCUAAAUUAAUUUAUUUUGUCAAAAUAAAUUAAUCUCUGUUUUGAUGUUUCUUUUUAGGCCUGUGCAGUACUUUAGAUCUGAUUCCUCAGAACCGUUUCAGGAUGCGUGGAAGCUCAAAUUUACUGCAAUGUUUUAAGUAGCUGCCUCUUAUCUGGGGGUUUUGUGGCAUAACUGCUUUAAGAUGCCCCAGAGAGGGGUGGGUGGGUUUGUUGUUCUCUUCUGCUCUGAAGCAAUCCCGACCCUAGUUUCCAUAUCACAUAUUUCAAUAGCUUUUCAGUGCUGUUUGUCGCUGGCUCCUCCCACACUUAUACUAUUGGUAGGUGACUCCUCUCUUGUUUGAAAUUACAUAUAUGCUACCAAUGAGCAGCAGAUGAAUUUGAAGGUGCACAUAUGCUUCAGACCUGAAACGUCCCGUGAAGAAAGGUGAAAAGUUAUUUCUUUGCAUACUGUGGAUUCUUAGCUCAGUCUCUGGCUUUUUUAGAUUUUAGGUAGCGUAGUAGUAAAAGGUUCCCUGGAAAG